AUGAAGAAGGCAAGUCAUCGAGGCUUUUGUUCAUUAUGUCGCAAAGAAAGAGACACGUUCACUUGUCGCGGGUGUCGAAAAGAAUUCUGCUUGUCACAUCUUCAAGAGCAUCGACAAACGUUGAACGAACAGUUAGAAAAACUCACGGAUAAUCAUAGUUCAUUGCGACAAAUACUCAUAGAACUUCAACUACCUGCUGCGCGAAACUCACCAGUGAUCAAACAAGUCGAUCAAUGGGAAGAGAAAUGCUUGGAAAUCAUCCGGAAAGCAGCUGAAGAAUGUCGACAGGAUGUAUUGAAACGAUCUAAGGAGAUCGUGGGGGAACUCGAUCCGGUAGUCGUCGAACUCAGUGGAAAACUGAAACAGAUCCGUGACGAACAUGAUUUUAACGAAGUCGAUCUGGAACAAUUGACCAAACAAGUAACACAAAUGCAUGAGUACCUCAAUCAAGCACCGAACCAUUUAAUUCAUAAACAUGCGCAGACGGUGAUUAGUAAAAUUCAAGCCGCUUCCGUCAUUCGCCAAGAAAAAAAAGAAUCAAAACGUCGCACAUGGAAAGAAGAAGGUACCAUCGUCGCAGGAGGCAACCAGCAAGGUGAUCUGGAAGACCAGCUCUCCGGUCCUGAAGGUAUUUACGUCGAUGACGAUAAAAAUAUCUACAUCGCCGAUCUUCACAAUCAUCGUAUUGUACGAUGGGACUGCGGGGCGGACAGUGCAACUGUCGUUGCUGGCGGUAAUGGACAAGGAUACGCAGCGGAUCAAUUGAAUUGUCCUACAGAUGUGGUGAUGGAUAAGGAAACUCGGUCACUUAUCAUUGCUGAUGCCGGAAACCGACGAGUGAUACGAUGGAACGGUGAAGAUUCCACCGAUCCCGAAAUUCUCAUAGACAAUAUUGAUUGCUGGGGUUUAGCAAUGGAUAACGAAGGAUUUCUAUAUGUUUCGGAUCGAGAAAAUCACGAAGUGAGACGAGGGAAACCUGGAGACGCGGAAGGUACACUGGUGGCUGGUGGAAAUGGUCAAGGAUCGCGCCAAGUGCAACUCAAUUGUCCCACUUAUCUGUUUGUCGAUGCUCAACAAUCGGUGUAUGUCACAGAUCGAGACAAUCAUCGCGUUAUGAAAUGGAGAAAGGGUGCAAGCGAAGGUCUGUCUGUUGCAGGUGGCAAUGGCAAAGGCAACAAACUCAAUCAAUUGGCUUUUCCUGCCGGAGUAUUCGUUGAUCAAGCGGGACAAGUCUAUGUGGCCGAUGCGGGCAAUGGUCGAAUCAUUCUUGGACAUGAAGGCGAAAGAAGCGGUGAAAUCAUCAUCGGUGGUAAUCAAGAAGGACAGGAAUCACAUCAACUGUUCGGUCCUAAAGGUUUAACAUGUGAUACGGACGGCAAUCUCUAUGUAGCUGAUAGUUGGAAUGCUCGAGUACAAAGGUUCGAUUUGGUUAUGUCUUCGAAAGUUUUUCUAUUGAGUUGA